CAGUAAUGUUGUAGGAUGUUGGUCUGUGAGCUGAGAGAAGUUACAUAUAAAAGUAAAGGUGCUGGGAAAAGGACAUGCAGGGUGCUGUCUGUGCACGUGUACCAACUUCAGCAGCAAGCUCCACAACCCAGGAGGAUAGUCUGCACUAUGGAGGUGGAAAACAAGCCGAAAUACUAUGGAAGAGAGUUCCAUGGGAUGAUAUCUCGGGAGGGGACUGAUGCGUUGCUAGGCGACGUGGAGGGGAGUUACCUCAUCAGGGAAAGUCAGCGGCAACCUGGCAGUUAUACACUGGCUAUAAGAUUCGGAGGGACCACCAAGAAUUUCCGGCUCUACUAUGACGGGAAACACUUCGUCGCCGACAAGCGUUUCGACACGAUACAAAACCUCGUAGCCGAUGGCCUCAUCACUAUGUACAUCGAAGCAAAGGCAGAGGAAUACAUCAAGCGAAUGACGGGCGAGCCGAUUUACGAACCGUGCGGAUACCUGUCGCUACGGAAACGGACGUCGCGCGUGGUGACGACCUUCUCCAGAACUGUAACCACGGCAACGAUAGACGAGGUUGACAACUUCUCUUCCAUUUCUUCGUCGACGUCGCAAAGCUCAGAAAAUUCUUCGCUGGACCUAGCUCUCUCACCCAGCAAGAGAGCGAGCACCGAAGCGUCGUCUUACGAAAAACCUCAUAACUUUAAGGUGAACACGUUCCGAGGUCCCCACUGGUGUGAGUACUGUGCUAACUUCAUGUGGGGACUGGUGGCUCAGGGGGUCAAAUGUGCAGACUGUGGACUAGCAACCCAUAAGCAGUGUUCUAAAGUUGUUCCCAACGACUGCCAGCCGCACAUGAAGUACAUCAAGAAGGUUUACGGGAUCGACCUGACGACCAUCGUCAAGGCCCACAACACAACCCGCCCAGUCGUCGUGGACAACUGUGUGCAGGAGAUCGAAAGAAGAAAAGACGGUUUGUUGUCAGAAGGACUCUACAGAGUUUCCGGUUUUAAUGACGACAUAGAAGAAGUCAAACUGUCUUUUGACAAAGAUGGAGCUCAGGCCGACAUCUCGGAGUCCACAUACGAAGACAUCAACACGAUAGCGGGCGCGCUGAAGCUCUAUUUCCGCAUGUUACCCAUUCCACUCAUCACCUUCGACGUCUACCCAAAAUUCAUAGAGGCAGCCAAGAUUGCCGAUGACAAAGACUGCCUCAGGAAGAUACACGAGACACUAGACGAGCUGCCGCCGGCACACUUUCAAACUCUCAGCUUCCUCAUGGCACAUUUACACAGAGUUGCAAAGUGCGAUAAGUUCAACCUGAUGACAGCCGAGAACCUGGGAAUGGUGUGGGGCCCGACGCUGAUGAGACUUGCAGACACGAACUCACUAGCUGGGCUCACGGAUCUCAAGUUCCAGAGGAGGGCAGUCGAACUCAUGAUCAAGUUUCAGGACGCACUCUUCAACUAACAGUACUUGCAUCUCAGUGGCCAAAAAUGUUCAGGUUCUCAUUGGCCAACAUUUUGUCAUGUGACUGCAUUUCAUUGGCCAAAAAAUUUUUCAGGUUCUCAUUGGCCAACAUUUUCUCACAUGACUGUUUCAUUGGUUGAAAAAUUGUUUCAGGUUAUCAUUGGUCAACAUUAUGUCAGGUUUUGAUUGGCUUAGUAAGUACGUAAUCAUGUGACUACUUUUUAUUGGUUGACUAACUCAGGUUCUGAUAGGUCAGUACCUAAGUCAUGUGACUUUGUUUCAUUCGUCGACAAAAUUGUUUCUUGUUUUCAUUGGUCAGUACCUACAUCUAAGUCACGUGACUGUAUUUCAUUGGUUGACUGAAAUUAUUUCAGGUUCUGUUUCCUUGUACAUAAUCUUGUGACUAUGUUUCAUUGGUUGAAUAACUCAGGUUCAUGAUUGACAAGCACAAAAUCAUGUGACUUUGCUUCAUUGAUUGUCUAGAAUCAUUUCAAGUUUCAGGUGCUCAUUGGCUUGUCCCUAGUCAUGUGACUAUGUUUCAUUGGUUGCCAAAAAUUCCUUUAGGCCAUCGAUCUGAUUGGCCAUUAUGUAGUCAUGUGACUGCAUUUGAAUACCAUCUAUUUGCCAUGAGAAUAAACCUGAAUGGUGGAAAAAGCUUGUAUGUAAUUGGUCAGUACUUUGUAAUGUAAAUAAACCUGAUUGGUCAGAAGAGCAACUUACUGAAUAUUAGCUGAACUUCAUUGGUUAACAUGGUUGAUAUAUGGCUCAAUAUUUAGGUCAUGUGACUUAACUUGAGUGUCAGUUGAUCUGUUAUAGCAAAGGCAUUUUUGUCGUAUUUGAUUGGCCAUUGAUUGGUCACAUGGUACAAAACUACUACUUCACAUUGGCCAGCUCAAUGGAACCAGCUUCUCAUUCAUCAUUGGCUAGUCCCAAUAUUUGAAUCUGCGAUCAUGUGACUUUAGGGGAAUGAUGUAAAACUUUUGGACAGGCAAUUCUUGAGGUAAUUUGACUUGUGAAUUCUUAUAAUCUGAUGAAAAUGAACAGGAUGUUAAGACAAUUGUUACUAUGAUCAUGAAUAUAACAUUUCAGUAUUCCUGUAACCAAAUGCAAAUUUUCAAAUGCAAGACUUGUGUGGAUGGUGAAGAAAUUUGUAUUGUACUUAUGUGGAUAUGUCAUUGUACAUCUUUAUUUCUAUUUUCUUAUGUAAGCUUUGAUACAUGACUACAUUCUGCUAUUAUCCUGCUUUUUUGUUUUGUUGUAUAUGCAGUAUUUAUAUGCAGAGGGCAUUUGUGGAAAGAUUACCCGCUGGGCUAUGUUCGGCCUAAUAUGUUUUAAAACAAUAUAGAGAAGCUUGUCAUGAUUCUAAAUGCGUUUUAUUUUUCAUAUAACAACAGCAAUGCAGUACUUUACAUACAGCCGGUAUCUAGUACAGUCACGGAUGCUGAUUGGUCAAGCAGGACAUGUCAUGAUCAUGUGAUGUGGUCAUGUGAUGUGGUCAUGUAAGAACAUCUCUAACUUCAGAAAUCGUGUUUUCUUUUGCCAACAAAUUGUGAGCAUUUUAAUGUGAUAAACUGUAAGAAUCACAAAGCCGCAAGUGUAAUUGAAAUAGAUAUAGAUGCAUAAGCCAUAGGUAACUUCUUAUGCAAAAGUUGUACAUUUCAUAUUUGAAGUAAGCUGUACAAGUGACUGAGUAUGUAGAAUUCAAGAUAAUGUCAACUGGGAGUUAUGUACAAUACAUAAAGUUCAGUAAAUAACUGCUGGUAAUACA